CUGUCUAUUCUUUACCUGUGUCUCUGUCCUGCAGAGUCUCUGUGCAUCCAGAGGUUCGAGCCCGGCCUCGGUCUCCUCACUCCCAUCAACCCCAUGAUGGCGGGAAUCAGCCUGGUCCCGCCCCCUCCCAUCCCCCCUGACAUGCCCGUCAUCAAAGAGAUCAUCCACUGCAAGAGCUGCACGCUGUUCCCCCAGAACCCCAGCCUGCCCCCUCCGUCCACCCGGGAGCGCCCCCCCGGCUGUAAGACGGUGUUUGUCGGAGGUCUGCCGGAGAAUGCCACAGAGGAGAUCGUCAGGGAGGUGUUCGAUCAGUGCGGAGAGAUCACCGCCAUCCGAAAGAGCAAGAAGAACUUCUGUCACAUCCGCUACAGCGAGGAGUUCAUGGUGGACAAAGCCAUCUACCUGUCAGGGUAUCGGAUGCGAAUCGGCUCCAGCACCGAUAAAAAAGACUCGGGGAGGAUCCACGUGGACUUUGCUCAGGCCAGGGACGACCUGUAUGAGUGGGAGUGUAAACAACGCCUGUUCGCCCGAGAGGAGCGCCACCGACGCAAGGUCCACGAGGAUCGCCUCCGACCGCCGUCUCCCCCGCCCAUCGUGCACUACACAGAGCACGAGGCGGGGCUGCUGGCAGAGAGGCUAAAAGAUGAUCUUAAUUUCUGCGAUGCCAGCGUUCUUUACACGUGGAUCGACCGCGGCGAGGUGAACCGACGCACCGCCAAUCACUUCUACUCCAUGAUCCAAUGCAACAGCCACGUGCGCAGGCUGAUGGGAGAGAAAGCUCAGCACGAGGAGAGAUGGAGCGGCCAAGGAGACGUUCAGAACGCCCUGAUAGCGAUCCUGACACAGUUCGAGCAGAUCACCACCGUUUUCACCGCCGCCACCAGACAAAAGGCAUGGGACCAUUUCUCAAAAGCUCAGCGCAAGAACAUAGACAUGUGGAGAAAACAGUGUGAGGUUGGUACUCCUUCUCUUCUCUCUUCCUCCUCCUCUGCUCGCUGACAGACAGACCUGAAGGAGUCUGUGAUUUUCUUG